AUGGUCUUUGCUACUGGUAGCUUCUUAAAAAAGUUGCAGUCCGUCAUUCGUCAAUCAUAUUCAUUACAUUCCCCUAGCAUUAUGCAACAACCAUUGGGACGUCCAGUCAACGCCAAAACUUCCCUUCCCCCGGGCAUUCCCGGUUCACCCUUCGCCUACCUGCUGCUGCAAGUAACGCUAUUUCGUAACACCACACGUCGAUCUCUGCCUCUUAAGCACCUAGCAGUUCGAGUUGUCUGGUGGGGUGAGGAUAGUUCCGAUGGAGCUGCACUUCUCUUGCGUCCACGUAUUGCUCAGCACCCUGGCUCUCAGAAGGAGACACAAGUUCGCAGCCACACGCGAUACCCUGUGUGUGUGCCUCUGCACAAAAUGCACAGUUAUCUGGAAGAUAUGGGUUGCCUUUUCCUUGACGUUGUUGAUGAAUCAAACGGAGCAAUUAUAGGUCGAGGGAAGGUGGACAAUCUUGAACGGCUGACACCUCGAAAUCCAAUUAAAAGUGUUGUGGCUGUAGCGAAUGCUAGAGGCUCAAAAAUAGGUGAACUGACUGUCAGUCUGUCCUACGAGCUACUACAAGUCACUCAGUCUCACGGUAUCCGCAAGAAGCACCAAAGUCUGCCCCGAGUGACUGCUAUGUCUCUGAAACGCCUUCAAUCGGCAGUUCCCCAAACCUCCAUUUCGAAUCCGGCAAUUAAUGUGCUUGACACCGAAGAUCACAAUUUCGAGGCAGAGCCACUUUUCCGGAUACCCACGUUGGAUGGCACUGACGAAACAAGGGUUCAAAACACUGGUUUGGGUAAAGACACCGAAGUAAAAACCGCUCUGUUUGUGGAGGAGAACGAUGAAUUCGGCCUCGGUAUGGAGGAGGUGUUAGUACGUAUCCAAUCAGCCCUCGAAGAAAGUCGUCGAAUUCGUCAGCAGGUCUUGGGUGAAAUUAACACUGAGGCUGAGCGGAUGGAUGAAACACUUAUUACAAAGCCUGAUUCUCCCGACAUUCAUCAAUCCAAUGAAGAUGAAGAACUUGGGGUGGAGAAAAAAAGCGACUUCACUAUAAAUCAGGCAGAAACGCAACUAGGUUCUACAAUGAGUUCUCCACCUACGGAAAUGCACUUCGGCUUGCUUGAUGAUGUAAACGGUCUUUUUGACGAUGACUGUUGGGGCGCUUGUACAGACACAGAUCUGGAAAGGGAUGUCGUUAUUGACAACGCUCUUUUUCCUCGUCACAAUGUAGCCACACAGUCUGAAGCCAAUGUCAGCAACGAAGUUGAAGACCUUGACAACGUGGACAGGUCAGGUGGAGAGGUUGUCAAACAGACAAAAAAGUCAACUGUCGAAAAUUCACCCUCACUACCUCCGAAGAGUGCAGCACUAGAUCCACCUUGUGACUCUCCUCUAAGUGCAGUUCGUCUUACCUUCCGUCGGUUGACCUUUCCUAUGCAAAUGUGGAAUGCGAUGGGCACAGUCAUGACAGCGCUGGCCGCUAAGGAAAGAAAAAAAUCCUCCCACCUUGCAAAUCAACAUCAGCGACAGUUGCAGCAUGUCAGUAACAUGAAGGGAGAUGAAGAUCGGAGGCCUCUGCAACGUCGAAUCAUGCUGGCGAAUCAACAGCAGAAGCCACGAUUCAUGGAUGGUGCUGGAGGAGUAAUUAGGCUGAAAGAUGGUUUGCAGAGGUCCAAAACUGGUCGAAUUGUACAAAAAAGAUCUACUGAUAAGUCGCCAAUCAAAGGGAUGUCCAUUCAAGCGGCAAAGGCUCCCAGUAACAAAUCCUGGGAUUUGUAUCUAGAAAUACUGGUUCCUACCGAUCUGGUUGAUGAGGAAUCAAACACGGGUUUGUCUUUUCAACCCCUGAUAGAAGAUCUGACCCUCUGGUGCCAACGUAUUCAUCUUUGCCGAGGCAUUUCCAAGCAUUCUGCUCCUAAUUUCCCUUCCACUUCCACGUCUAGUGCCCCCGUGGUCAUCAUCGUUCCACAGCGUGGUAUGAAUGGAGAUAACUCACUACCACCGGAGGCUCUCGUUUUGUCCUCCAAUCAAAAUGAUAAUCUUGAAAUUCUUCCAAUCCGUUUGCAAAUUUUUUGCAAACCUCCGCUUGUAACGCCUAAUGGUCCAAUAAUUAUGCUCGUUGGCAGCAUCGAAUUACCCUUCCAUGCACUCAUCUCCUCCCUCUACCACACCUCGCCUUCUAAUCCUUCCGAACCGCCGAAGGCUUCACCAAAGACUCUUCGGGUGUGCAUCGAUUUUGCAGAACCAGUGAGGCAGCUUCUGUUAGAAUUAUUGGGAGAAGGGGAUUCGGUGAAUCUGUUGAAGAACUCCUUCGGUUUCAUAAAUGUAGAACCAAUUUGGGCGACGUCAGUCAAUAGUUCGAUACCGCAGGUGGUACAGAAAACCAGUCCCAUGCAGGAAAACUUGCUUAAUCAAGGAGAUUCCUUACCAUCUACGAACCUGAAAGACGCCACACCUCCCAGUCCCUUUCAACUCGAUGUUCUACUAAACGUUCGCGAAGCACGCGAUCUCCAUUCGCCCCAAUCAAACGGUCGUCUGCAGCACUCCUUCCUCGUCAUACGAAUUCCGUGGUGCAGUGAAGAGACUCUCGUAGACCAGCGAAUUGUCUACAAGACCAAACGCUUUCACUCCGCUAUUUCGUGGGGCUCUGGGGCCACACCUGCCUUCCACUUCGGGCUCAGGGCUUCUGCUUUACUUUCAGAGGAUCAGAUGGUUCGCUUAUCAAAGGCCUUCAUCGCUGUUGAGGUGUGGGAACGACACACGGGUUGUGGAGCGGAGAGGGAUGAGAUUAUUGGUCUGGCCAAGGUCAUGACCUUGGGGCUUGCCUCGCUUUACCCAUUGAAUGUGUCCUCGAAGAGAGUAACCGAGUCUCGCGUUCCCCUCCUUCAAGAAGAGGCCUGGCUCCAAGUGGCUUCGCCUUCAACGGGUCAGGUUUGUGGUCAGUUACGGACUCGAUUUUCCGCUGGAACAGCCAAUCAAAUCUCUGUCUUGCUUGAGGUUGAUCGAGAAACUGCAGUGGCAGGAUGUACCGAUUGGCGGUGCAUUGAUUUCAUUCGAUGGAAAGAGCCCAGUAUCAUAAGUGGUAGUCGUGACUCCUGUUGUUAUUCGCGUCAGUCACAUGGCAACGAGGAAUAUGAUUGCGCAUCAAGCCUUGAGGAACUGAUUAGCAUUUCUGUUAAGCACUCCCUGGACAUAAGCCUACUCUCGCUGACAGAUUUUCGUCCAAGUUUGUCGGAGAGCCUGCAGAAGGAGUUAGGAGCUGAUAUGUUUCUAUUCAACGACUGCGAUUGUUUCAUCCAAUAUAUGAUCCCUAGUGAUCUGGAGACAAAUUCCUCAAUAUUUCGUAGUCCCCUUCGACCACUACAACCACUUCUUCAACCCACAGACAUCCGUCAGUCUCCUCUGUCUAAAGAUGUAGAAAAGUAUCGAAAGAGUUCAAAUGACGAGAAGCCUACGAGGGACGUGCAUAGUGGAGUUGAAGUGGAGUGGAAAGAAGGUUCCUUACACGAAUCCCACUCCCACACCUUCGUCAUUGAGGCGAGCAGUGAGAAGAAUAUCUUAAACAGCGCUAACCGUCUGGACAGUCUCGCUUUUCUCGUCUGGCUGGGGCGAGGAACGAAAUCAUCAGAAAGCGGAAUUCCCUUUGAAUUUUGGCUGCGCCUCUACUCUCCAAAGCUACGAGAUAUAUGCGUUGCUCGUGGAGUGCUUCCAUGGGACCUCCUGGAACAUCAUAUCAUGCCACCUCCUAUAAUUCCUUCUUCCAUUAAGAGCCUAAAGAAACUCGACGAUUUCUUACCAGAAUGGAGUCGAGAUCUUUCUCGGCACUCGUUAUCGCUCUUCGAUGUCCUUUCCAAUAAGCUUUCGGCGCGUCUCUUUCUCAAUAUUGUAUACAGGCUCAAAACCACCAUUCGGCACCUUUCAGGUACAAUUAUCAAUGAUCCUGGCGAAAGCAGAGCCACUUGUGUUCUCUGUCAUCCGCGCGCAGCACUCCAUCUUGCCCCUUCUACCGCGCGCCCAGGCAUCCAUCUUCACGUCAAUCUCCUCGCCUUGUCAGGUCUGAAAGCAGCCGCUUCUGGCCUAGGUGGAACUGCGCGCCUCCAACUGCGAAUGCAUUGCCUCCUCCUUCUCCCCCCCGCCAAAUGUUUGCAUCAUGCUAAUCCGCCUCGUCUUCUGGCUACAACGGUGUCCAAAACACCACUCACCGCGUUUCAUGCAAGUCAGGAAGAACUGAAGAUGCGGUUGGAUGUGUUGCUUCCACUAGGAUGGACAUAUACAACGUCUUCCUCUCAUGAGUGCCUGCCGCCUCAUAAGAAUGCGGGAGGGAAGGAAAAUUUCACAAACUUUUCACUCGCCGAGGCGCUAGCUUACGGUCGGAUGGAGAUGGCUGACAGAGAGGCAUGGCUUUGUGGACGCGUUAAGCGACCCUGUCUGGUGAUCCAACUGGAUGUCUGGGAAAUGGAAGAUGUAGAUGAUUCCAACCUCAUCGAAGAUCAACUCACCUUCUGGAACAUCAACUACGACAUUGAAAGUGAUAUGAAAAUGGGUUUGGCUGGUAACUUCUUUCCACUAGCCAGCUGUCGGGUGCCUCUAAGUGAUCUUCUCUUCUCAGGUGUUUUAACACCUCGCUGGUUCACUCUUCUUCAAACUCCCUCAUCACCAUCCAGAUUACCAGAACCGGUUCGUCGUUACCAUUUGGCGGGUGCUUUUGAAUUGUCUGCAAGUCUUGGGGCAGUAUCGACACGAAGGAAGGUUCUUGAAGAGGUAGUUUCACAGGCUUCGCCGAUGGCUCUUCAGUCUCUGCAUUCUCUGGGGUUCGAUCUGGCUGUUGGAUCUGUUUCAAGGAUCUGUUUAAGCCCAAAGAGUGCUGGAAUGAACGACGAAAAACGCCAGCUCGCUCUCUACUUCUCGGCGGCUCAUCUACCCACAGAAGAGUCGCUUUUAAGUCCAGACGAGCUGGAAACCUGUGAAGAACGCGGACUGCAAGGAUACUUCUUCGCACGUGCCGUGAUGGACUCCGACUUCCAGAUGUCCAAUAGCCAUCCACUCCCACGAAGCUCCAAUAAGUUGGCAGGCAAUGGUGAUAGAGGUGUUGUGAUGUUCCAAGAUUGCCUCACUUUCCGUGCUUCAAUUACACCUCGAUCUAAAAAUGCGGUCUUGGAAGUGCAGAUUUGGGCUAAAUGGCUCUCAAGGAAAGAUUCUUCGCCUCGUGCUAACUCUUUUGACACAAUCGGAGUUCCAGCUCCACGUUUUCUGGGGUCCCUACAACUACCCCUCUUCGAACUCCUGAGAAGUGAAACAUCUAAGGACCUUCCAGAAGCUUUCCACUGGUCAUUCCUCCGAGAUGACUCAUCGUGGGAUUUGACGUCAAAUCAUGAUCGCUUUCCUGUCUAUCCAUUGUUUCAGCCUUCUGUGGAUAACUUGAAUGACAACUGGAUUGCAGUCAAAAUUUACAGUUCUCCCUUAGCGACCACAAAGGAAGAACUGAUGCAUGACUUCAAAAUCUCACGAGUUGGCACAAUCACAGAACGCGGUGCUCUCGUCUGGUUUUCCGACGCUCAAGCUAACAAAAAUCUGCCCGUUUUGUACAGCACUGUUGACAGAGAUGCGUCUCCUACGAAAGUGGAAUCGUUUCCAGCCUACGUACAUCUGGAGCGCGCAAAUAGACUCGUAUCCGAUGCCACACGACUCGAUCGCUCGAGUGUGGAGACCUUUGCGACUUUUGUGGUGGCUGAUGAAAACCGUGUGGAGAUGGGUGCACAACGCGUGGUUGUGACACCCCUAGCAAGCCACCGUGCCUCACCUGUCUGGAAUUACCGCCGUUAUGUCCGCCUGCCUCUUGCCCUUACCACCACAGGGUCACAGUCUAAGUUAAAUGUGACCCCAAAAAAAGCAUAUUCUGCUUCCAUCUUGGUGGCCUAA